CUUGAAAAUUUUAAUCCUUUCUUUCUUCUUUAGUAUAUACACAAUCCGUUUAUUACUUAUAUUUCUUUGCUAGCUAUGGUUCAAUUAUCUCAAUGGAUGAAGGAGGUCAAUGAUGACACUCCAAUCUCAAAAUUAUCAAUUCCAGGUACUCACAAUGCAGCUGCUUGUCACACUGCUCUUCCAUCAGUUCAAUGCCAAGGUGAAUCUGUUACCGACCAACUUGAGCAUGGUGUUCGUUUCCUUGAUAUCAGAGCUGCUAAGCAAUUCUUGAAAGAAGGAGACGAUGCAUUGAACCUUCAAGUUAUUCAUGGUAAGUUCCCAGUUAGAAUCCCAUUCCCACUCAUGCUUUCAUCAGUUCUUGAUGAAGUUUAUGACUUUUUAAGAAACAACCGUUCUGAAACCGUUAUUGUUUCAAUUAAACAAGAAGGCCCUGACAAUUGGAACAAUGAUCAAGAUGAGUUCCCAAACUGUAUCUGGGACCGUUAUGUUAACAAGAAUAAGGACAAGUGGUAUUUGGGUGACCGUACUCCAAAUCUUGGAGAUGCUAGAGGUAAAGUUAUCCUUUUCCGUAGAUUCGGUGUAAGAAAUGAAGAUCGUGCAAGAGAAUUUGGUUUCAAUGCUUCUUCAUGGAAAUACAAUUGUACCGAAGAUGACCGCGGUACCUUUUGUGUUCAAGAUUACUGUGAAAUGGAAAGUGCUGAUGAUGUUCAGAAGAAGGUUCAAUAUGUUAAGGACCUUGCUAAGAAGGCCAAUGAAUACAAUUCUACCAAUUCUGAUCCAAAGUUGUUUGUUAACUUUUGUUCUGGUUCCAACUUUUUCAACCAUGACUGUUGGCCACAACAAGUCGCCACAGCUGUUUCCAAGGCUGAAAUUGAUAGAUCUUUUGCUAAAGGUGUUGGUAUUAUUGUUUUGGAUUAUGCUGAGGCCGAUGAUUGGAAAUUGGUCAAGACUUUAGUUAACAAAAACUUCUAGAUUUUGGAAUGAACAUUAAUGAAUUCUUAUUAUUUUUUUUUUUAAUUUCUUUCUAUAUCUUUAGAUAUACUAUUUGUCUUUUGUUAAUGAGUUGAUUGAUAU